UGCGGCUUCAAGAUCGCGCCCUGCCCGCCAGGCAACAUCUGCCGCGCGAACGACCCAGCCUGCACACGGGGAGAAAACUGUCUCGGCACCUGCACCCGCGCGCCGCCGCGGCCGACGUACCAACCCUGCGGGGGGUUCCGCGUGGAUCCCGCGCGGACGUGCGGCGAGGGCUACGCGUGCGUGGAUAACCCGUUCGUGUCCGGGUGCGGCAUGGCGUGCGACUGGCCGGGGAUCUGUGUCAAGGUGAAGGGGGCGCCGUUUUGUGCUGGGUUUGUCGGGAAGAUGUGUCCAGAUAACAUGUACUGCAUCGAUUUCCCGGACGAUGGGUGUUCGGUUGAUGAGGGCGGUGCUGAUUGUAUGGGCUUGUGUAUCUGA